GCAGAAUUUCACGUUUUUAGCUACCCUGCCGAAAAUAGGUACGCUGCCGAAAACUGGUACAGCUACCCUAUUGGUUGAUGUUUGUGUUGGAGUUUGCUUGUUGUUGUUUUUCUUUUUUCCUUCUGUUCCCACAGUGACCCUCGAUGAUGACAGUGAUCCUUCUGCACAGGCAAGCAGUGCAGGAGCGGAAAAAGCGGAAAGAAAAGCUCACCACAAGCUGAAGAAGCCGGACGAAACAAGCGCGCUCGAUUGGCGCUGGAAAGAGAAGGAGACACGAACAGUGCGCCCGGCCCGCUCCCUCCACAAACAAACGGCGCGUGCGUGCGUGUGUGUGUGUGCGAGCGCCGAGCUGUCAUCGAAACGCUGCAGGCAUGCGUCGUGCGGUGCCGCGCGUUUACACCCGCCGAUCGAACGCUUGCACCGUUGUUUACCGUGGCGCGAGCAGCACUAAAAACCCUCCACCGGCCACUGUUGCGACCCGUUUCGGGGCGAGCGAGUGUGCGGCAACGAUUGACGAACGAUCCCGCAGGACGGGGCCACCCCGCACGCACACCAUUCCGCGCUACCGUGCCGCCAGGUCAGCACUCGGACGCGGCACAACAAACGCCGCACCGCCGCAUGUGACGACGCUGUGUAUAGCAGCAGCGAAGCGCCAGCCAGUGGCGACAGCCGAACAGCAGCAGCCUGGUUGGUCGACAUCGUGCCCGAUUGGUGGCCAAUAGGAGAGCGAAUCAUUGCGCGCAUCGGUUUCUAUUGGUACUGCCUGCCCACCGUCCGACACGAACGAACACCUUCAGCAGGGGCUGGCGGGGUGGGGAGGGGGGGAAAGAAAAAUCCAACGGGGUUUUGCGGCCAAAGGGCACGGCGAGCGGUGUGUGCAAGCGGUGCGAAGAGCUGUGUUGUGGUUUGUGUGUGUUUUUUUUUUUGCUUUGGUGCGUGCUGCUUUUCUUCGCGAGUGAUUGUGUGCGCGUCCACUGGUUGUUUCCCGGGCGAGCGGGGGGACGGGGCGGCGGUGCGCCCGCAGUUGUGCCCGACCGACAACAGUGAACAACAAAUGGCAAAUGUAAACAAGCAGCGCCCAGCCGGGAGUGCUCGGGCAGCAGGGUGAGAGUGGCACGGGCCCGACUCGUCGCGAGGUUCCCUGCUCCCAUCCGCCCUUCUGCCAGGGGCCAGGCCAGUGCGGGGAGCGGGUGGUGAGAUUGUACGGAGACGCAAUCAACUUGUGAGCCAGGACACUUACUUCCGGGGUGGUUUUUUCCGAGCCUCAAUCAAACCAGUGGCUAAAAGGUAGCUCCGUUUCUGCCUGUACAAACAUACAAACAAACACAAACAAACAAAAACAAACAAAAACACACACACACACACACACACAGGCAGACAGUGAUAUAUUCAUUGUUUCUUGUUCGCGUAAUUCGCGCCCACCGACAAUAAUAGCCAGCGAGUUCGGGCGUCCAGCGUGCACGGGUGAUCCCCUUCCCCUUCCCCCUCCACCCCUCCUAGCGGGUAAGGAAACGGUUGUGCGGGUGGGGUGGUAGCAGGGUGAUGAGAUGUGCUGCACCAUGCUCGGCGCACGAUAGCAGCAUUACCACCCAACCACAACAACACGAAGAAGAGGAAGAAGAAGAAGAAGGGGAGGAAGAGGAGGACGAUCGUCCUUGCCACCACACACCCACCGCAUCAACCGGUGGCCAUGGAGACGCCAAAAAAAUCGGUGGCCGCUGCGGCCUCGUCGUCGUCCGUUGCCUCCAGUGUAGCGCCACGGGGCAGCAAAUCGGGCACGUCGUCGAGCAGCAGCAAUAGCAACACUGCAAUCGCCACCACCACCACCACCACCACCACCACCACGACAACGACCAUCAACAGCGCGCUGGCGGCCGCAGCGACGGCGGCACCGUGCGGCAAGGAGGCCCCGACCGAGGCCCAGCGCAACAUCCAGCGGUUCUGGCCGGGCGUGAUGCGCGAGGUGCAGCAGAUCGAGUACGUCGAGCCGGGCAACCAGCUGCUGCCGCUCGCCCGCAUCAAGAAGAUCAUGAAGCUGGACGAGGAGGUGAAGAUGAUCUCGUCCGACGCGCCGAUGCUGUUCGCGAAAGCGACCGAAAUCUUCAUCCAGGAGCUGACGCUCCGGGCCUGGCUGCACACCGAGCACAACAAGCGGCGGACGCUGCAGCGGAGCGACAUCGCGAUGGCGAUCACCAAGUACGAUCAGUUCGACUUUCUGAUCGACAUCGUGCCGCGGGACGAGAUCAAGGGCAGCUGGAAGGUGUUUGACGGUCCGGCGCAGGAUGAGUGUGCAGCCGGUGGUGGCGGCUCGGCUAGCACCGGGGGCGGUGAAGCGGUGGCAUCCGCGUCCACCGCCACCGCGAGCGAGGGGGCGGCGGGCGGUACGAACGGGACGGCGGACGACAUGCAGUACAUCAUGCAGCUGGCCCAGCAGCACCGGCUGGUACUGCCCGGCACGGACAAGGGCUCCAGCACCGCCACCACCAACACCACCAGCACCACCAGCACCACCACCUCCCUGACGAACGGGGCGACGACCGUGCUGGACCUCGCGACGGUAAUGGCCGGCACGCAGCAGCUGCAUCAGCUAUCGACGGCGGCGGUGGCAACCAAGCCGGCGAAAGGGGUCGCUGCGGGGACGGAGCAGGAGACGGCGGGCGCCACCCUACUGCCCUCACCAGCCCAGCCCACGAUACAGACCGCGACCGGACAGAGCCUCAUCCUGGCGAACGGGGGCACUGGGGCGCCGGGUGGCAUUGCGAACGGUGGCGGCCAGCUCGUGCCCGCCAGCCAAUCGGUCCAGCUGCUGCAGCACGUCAUGACGCCGACGGGCGAAAUCACGCAGAUACCGAUUUCGAUACCACAGAACCAGCUGAACUUUCUGCGCACGGCCGGUCCCGGCGGGGCUCCGAACAGUGGCCAGCCGUUCUUCAUCCAGACCGCACCGAUGCAGAGCGGGCCCACGAUCAUACACACCGGCCCGACCAGUGUCUUUCUCAGCGCCAAUCAGCUUCAGCAACUGCAACAGCAGCAACAGCAAAACAAUCACAAUCAACCACAGCAGCAACAGUGCCAACAGCAGCUGCAAAGCAACCAUCAACACCAAAGGGACUAAACGCUUUGGCCGCACGGCGAUUGUAGAUUGUAGAUAAAGCGCGAACCGGAAGCGUUAACUGUAGUGAUGGGUAAAGUUGGCAAAGAUGCGCAGUCGGCUCCGACCCGAGUCCGCCCAGCAUUAUCCGGAGUCGUCUGGAGGCGACUACAGCCGACUCCGGACGGUUCCGAAUGACUCCGGACGACUCCGAUGAUUCCAACUCUGAGUGGAAGUAGUUUUUCGGAUUUUGCCGGAGUCGAAGUCGGAUCGGAGUCGUGGGUGCGCUCCAAAGAGCACAUCAAUAGUUAACUUUGAAGCGUCCCGAACACCGUUAGUAGUACUUUAAGUUUGUGAAUCCCCUUUUUACAGAGGACGACAGAGAAGGAGAGAGAGAGAGAGUAGCAGAAGUACAUUUGUGCAUAAAACGGCUCAGCUGAGGGGUUGUUUUGUAGAAAAGAUUAUCCCCUUUUUUGGUUUCAGUUGAGCUGAUUUUAACUUGAUUGUGACAUGAAAUUGUUCCCCACACACACACACAAACCCAGGAGUAGGGAAGGAUUUGUUGCCUACGUACGACCGUUCACCGUACGCUGGGGUAGUAUUGUGUCCCUUUGAGCGGAAGCCGGAUUGAUUGAACAGUUUGUGCGUAAAAACUGCGUCACUUAGAAGGGCCGCGUGUGUGUGUGGCCCUGGUGCAGGCCAGUAGCUAGUAGUAUACUGUCAUUCCGUCGUCUCAGACACACACACACACAGACACAAUUUUGAACUAAAAACAAAAAAACGAAAAUAGUGUACAGCACAGUAUAAUCCGGUCGUGCAGAAUCGUGAUAUUGCAUUGGUAUCUGUUUGGUACAGGGAAAACACAACUAGUAAACCACACACACAGUGUAUUGUGACUGUGUGUAUGUGUGUUUUUUUUUGUUUUCUAUCUCAAAGCUAGGACAAAGUAAAACAGUUACACAAACACAGAAAAAAUCACUGUAAGGAAUUUAGGUAUGCACUCCAGACGAGUCCCAGGCGUCUCAGAAUUUUGGAACUCUAUUUUCUAUCAUUUUUAUUUAAUUCUUUUUUUUGUGCACUUUUAAACCCAUUACGAAUGCAUUGAAAUAGAAGUUUAGCCCCAGACGUUGGCCGCCACCAGACACCAGGUUUCAGCCUCUAUCCCUCCCGCAACCACCCCCAAUUUCCGUGGCGAUCUCUUUUGCGCCCAAGCGUCGUGUUCAUGUUUGGCGGGCUUUUUUUUUUGUCGUGUAAGCGUAUGUUUGUAUUAUUUAUAUAGCAAAAGGUCCGCUACCAGCGGAAGCGGAGCGCGUGACGGAUGGGGACGUUUAGUGUUAGUUUUAAGUCUUUUUUUUAUAAUAUUCAACAUACUACUACUGCUGCUGAAACUGUAAAUAUGGCCGUGGUGAAGAUAUAUACAAGAGAGAGAGAAAAAAAUUAUAAUAAUGCAAGCUCAACCUACCUGUACAGAGCAGAGCAGAGAGCGGCCGUUGCGUUGCGGAGGAGCCGCAAAAAGGACGAAACGAAUCGGAGCACAGGCACACGCAACAAGGCAGUGGACUUUUUGUUUCUCUCACAGAGAAGAGAUUUUUAAUUCACAAAAAAUCACUUGAAUGCCAUGCAAACAUCUCGUUACUGUUCCGUUAAGACCCGUCCCGGCCAUAUAAAACUACUCCGCGUGUAAGUGUUCGAUUAUCAUAGCAGUCGAGUUACCGAUUCAAAAUAGCAGCCGUUGCAGUUUUAAGCCGGUGGUGCUUGUUUGAGGUUGAGCUGAUUAGGUUUGAAAAAAAAAAACGAAAAGAAAUGAAAAGUGUGUGUCCCAAAAUGGUUCAUACCUUACAGCCUACACUGGCCUACAUGAACUACAGACAUGAACAGAGUGAAAAGUUUGUUUUUCCUCGUACUGCUACCUCGUUGCGUGUCCCGGUUUCGCGUCCGUUUUGCGACAAAGUACAGUUUAGUUUUAGCAUUUUCCCUAAACAUUUCCUUUUAAUGUGAAUAUUACACGUACUAAAAAAAGAAAGAUGAAUAAAAUUCCCUAUGUGAGCGAUGAAAUUA